AUGGAGCAGAGAGUGAGGGAUUUCUUGACGCCGGCGGCGGAGGAAGAGCGCGUUGCCGGACUCGCCGUCGCCCCCCAGCGCCCAAGGAUAUCCCCGAGCUUCUUCGAAGCUUUCUCUAUACGAGGAAUACGAGUCGUCUGGGCCGAGCACGGCCUCGUCCGCUACUCCUUCCGAGUGACGCCCGGCCACACAGUGAGUUCUCCUCCGCCCCCAACUUCUCUGCGCGUCUGAUUCUUCUCGUUCCCAUCGGCUGCAGUGGAUCUUGCUCUGUAUCUAUGCGAUCCUCGACGUAGGAAAGGCAUUGGUUGUCGAAGAGAUCGACGAACUGGCCGAUCUGUUCAUGGUGCUUCGUAGCCGACUGUGUUUUGGUGGAAUUUAUGCCCUCCAUUACCUGAGCUCUGUUUCUCCUCUGGAAUUGGCGCUCUUGAGUUGUAUUGAGUUGUGGGGAUUUACCUUUGAUCACUGUUCUUGAGCGGUCAUCUUGAAAAAGGGGUUCUAGGGCUACAGAUGGGAAUGACCGCCGGAAACCUUCCUUCCUCGAUCUGAAAGGUCUUCUUCAUUCGAAGACGUACAGAUUCUGCGAAGCAUGGAUUCCCACUUUGAACGAUUGAUCCCGGCGUUUUCCUCAAACGAAUCACAGGACCGCCUUCUUCAUGGGGGCUAGAUUCGACUCCAGGGUCUUGGGAUGGGGGUUUCUGAAUCCUGCUCUGGUUUGACUCUCGUACGCUUUUUCUCCCUCUUCUCUCCAGGGUGCAGACGGGAACUUAUCAACAGGAGCCAUUGCCAGCCUGGUUGACGAGCUCGGAGGACAUGCUCUCCUUACCUAUGGUCAUCACACCCAAGUCUCUGUCAACAUCUCCGUUGCGUACUUGUCGACUGCAAGGAUUGAUGUAAGAAAGCAUCCCCAAAUUAGAAGCAUCUUUCACACCCUAUCAAGAUUGACAAACAAAUAGAGGAAGCUUUUUCAUGUAAUCAUCCACAGGAUCAUCUCAGAGCCCAUCAACAUUUCCAUAAAAAACUCCUAAAAAUCUUUUGCGGCUUUGCUUCUGCACCCAUUUUUAUUUUUUUUACAGGGAAAUCCUAAAAAUAAACAACAGGAUUAUCGCAGAUCUCAUCAACAUUUCCAUAAAAUCCUAAAAAUCUUUUGCGGCUUUGCUUCUGCACCCAAUUAUUUUUUUACAGGAAAAUCAUAAAAAUCAACCACAGGAUUAUCGCAGAGCCCGUCAACAUUUCCAUAAAAGAAAUCCUAACAUCAUCUGCGACUUUGCUUCUGCACCCAAUUAUUUUUUUACGUUUUGUCAGAGGAUGAUCUGCUGAGUUUUCCAGCUUUGCUCCUAUUGAUUAAGUCACUGCAUUUUUCACAUGGACGAUUGAUGCAGUUGACUUCCAGCCGGACUUCCCUUGAUCUAUCCUCUGCGCUCACCACUGAACCAUUUUUCUCUCUGCUUGAGCCUGGUGAUGUUUUCAAUUGGUGGGCAGGAUGAGCUAGAGAUCACCUCCCGGGUGCUGGGGCGAAAAGGGGGUUAUUCCGGUACGAUUGUUCUUCUCAAAAACAAAAGGACCGGAGAGAUAAUCGCCGAGGGCAGACACUCCAUGUUCGGUAAGCUUCACAGCAACAUCUGA